AUUGUUUGUGAGGUUAUGUUACACAAAAUAAAGAACAAAGGGCGCAAUUUUGCUCUCUGUUUUCUUCAGUUUUUCCUACUUUCCUACCUCUUUUAUUUGCUUUUUCCGUAUUAAAAGUAAAGAAAUAUAAAAACUCCAUUACCUAAAAGUGAAAUAAAAACAAUUAUAUCAAAAUAAGGCAAAAAUUAAGCAUAAAAGCACGUGAUUGUUAGGUUAUGUCUUUGUUUAUAAUUCUCCCCAAAAGUGUUUGCAUUUUUGAAUAUUUUUUUAUGCAAUUUUGCAUAAAAAUUUGUAAAUAAUGCUUAAAUCAUUUUGCAUGAAUGUUCUCACAAAAAGACAAUCUAUUAUUUUUGCUAAUCAAAAAAUAAGUCAAACAGUGAUAAAUCGGACAAAUCCAUGCAUUUCUGCUGAAGCCUUUUGCUCUUCAGCUGCAGAAUCUGGGAGUCUCCUGACCACAACAGUCUCAGUUCCCAACAUAAAGAGAGUGAUCAAGAAUAGUGGAUUUGAACUGGAGGAUGGAUUUAGCUGCAUAAGGACACAGUGUCCUGUUUGCUCCAACGAUGGGGAGCCCAAGGAAACAAUUUACAUCAAUAAAAUAACUGGAAACUUCACCUGUGCAGCUUGUCAGCACUUGGGCACGUGGUCAACUAUUGAGAAAUUCUUCCUGAAUGCCAAAAUAGCGCGGAACAGCAAAGAAAUCUCGCGACUUCGUGAAGUUUUUCUCACAUCCAAGAGUAGAAAGACUGAAAUAGAGCUCCCCGAUGGACUUGUGAGCUCCUCCAGUGUAGAUCCAUUGCGUCUGAAGGAGGUAAUUGAAGAAAUUGGACUCCCCGAAGAAACGGGGAAUAUUCUUCUCAGCCAUGGAACAUUCUUUUCCAACGAUUUUUCACAAUUCUUCCUUCCCCUUCGGGACAUCACAGAUGCCAUUGUUGGCUACAAAAUAUUCCACACGGAACAUCACAACGAAAGAACCCUUCCGGAUACAAAUUGUUCGGGAAUUUUAAUUCACAAACCCACUCUAAUGACCAAAAAGGAACAAAAAGAACAAAGUGCCAUCAUUGUAUUAAAUAUCUUGGAUUUCCUAACGCUGGCCGUGUCCAAGAUUAAUUCUGUUGUCAUUUGUCUGCCACAUGGAUUGAAAUCACUGCCACAGCAAUGCCUUCCGGGGAUGGAGCGGUUCCAGAAGCUGACGCUGUGGUUUAAUCAUGAUUCCGCUGGAUGGGAUACAGCACGACAUUUCGCGAAGAAGCUCGAGGAGAAACGUUGCCUCUUUGUGAGGCCUACUGAGGCCCAUCCGACGCCUUUUCGUGCCCACUGCAGAGGUUUGGAUCUCAAGGGAAUCCUCCAGAAAGCUGAACCUGUCCUCCAUCGUGCUAUCACCACAUUCAGCGCCCUACGGCAGGAUGUACUGAGUGACUUGCAGAAUAUUGAUAAAGUUCAAGGGGUCAAGUGGAAGCGCUACCCAACACUCAAUAAACUCCUCAAGGGGCACCGGAAGGGGGAACUGACUGUCCUUACGGGGCCCACUGGGUGUGGGAAGACAACCUUCAUGUCCGAGUACUCACUGGACUUAGCCCUGCAGGGUGUCACCACGCUCUGGGGUUCCUUUGAGAUUCGCAACACACGCCUAGCUUCCACGCUUCUGCGGCAAUUAGCUGGGCAGCGCUUGGAUGAGAAUCUCGGAGCUUUUGAUGCGUGGGCGGAUAAAUUUGAGAAGCUACCCAUGUACUUUAUGACCUUCCACGGGCAGCAGUCAAUCCGGAUUGUUAUGGAGGCAAUUGAGCAUGCACAGUAUGUGCACGACAUUCAGCACGUAAUCAUUGACAAUGUUCAAUUUAUGAUGGGAACAUCGGAGGAUGCACGUCAUGUGGAUCGCUUCUGGCGACAGGAUGCCAUCAUUGCGGCCUUCAGGACUUUUGCUACGCGCAAGAAUAGUCACGUUACCCUCGUUAUACAUCCACGAAAGGAGCGUGAUGCUGAAGAUCUCACAACAAGCAGCAUUUUUGGUAGUGCUAAAGCAAGUCAGGAAGCCGACAAUGUCCUCAUAAUCCAGGAUAAACGACUCACCUCAAUUCGUGGGAAGAAAUACCUUCAAGUUGCCAAAAAUCGCUACAGUGGUGAUCUAGGGGUAAUGCCUCUGGACUUUGACAAGGAAGCCCUCAGCUAUGCUCAGAAGAAGAAGAAAAUAGCUGAAGAAAAAGACUCAGGUGAAGCGGUAAGAGAUUAAAUAUUUCUCUCGCAUUUUAUUAUAUUAAAUAUAUAUAUUUACAACAAACUCUUAGCUUUUUGCAAUUUUAAUUUAUUUUGCCAUUUUAAUUUUAAUAAAAUAUUUAACACAUUUUGCGCUCUGAGGGGGUGAUGAAAGAGGGGCUACAUAUACGGAACGUUUUAUCAUUGUGCUUUGAAGAAUAUAGUAAGGUAUUCACUUUAAGAAGUUUGUGUAACAGAGGGCAGCACUCUCUUUGCAAUGAGAAAGGGCGAUGAAAGAAAAAUUUCUUUUUGUCAACAAAAAUCAUUCAAAUUUCUUUUUUU